ACAAGCUUGUCCAGACGUCCAUAAUCGUUAACACCAGAAAUAAAGUGUUCCUAAUACCUCUAUUGUUCGUGAUUGUUAGAAUUUUCACAUAGUAUGGAUAGUGCUCGCAUCUCGUAUCGAAUGUGAUUGUGAUAUUUCGUUUCAGUUAUAGUUUAUUAUUUGAUUGAGUUAGAACCUGAUCCAGCUAUUAUCAUUAUUUUACAUCAUGAAUAAAAUAAUCAAUUUUGUACUUGUAUCUACUUUAGCUCUCGCAAUCUCAUUUGCCUGCGGGAAUGCAGACGACAGCCCAUUGAGAAGUUUCAGUGGCUACCACCAAUGGAAGCCCAUGAUCAAAUGGCGACAACCACACCCUCCGGCUGAUUUUGGCUACCCAAGGAACACCUACACCGAUGACACUGAUUACUCCUCCAGUUCGGCAGAUGACGGCAGUGAUCCAGUGUUAUCUAGCGUACAAGAUGCCCAACCCAUCGAUUACAGAUCGAAGCGAUCGCGCAUGCGCCAACCACUCUGUGAAGUGCUCGUCAAUUAUGUGAACGUAGGCAACGGAACCGAUGGCUACCAGUAUCGUCCAGAUCACUACGUGACCGAAUCGUGUCUGAACACUUACAACACUUUUCAAAACAAGUGCAUGGAGACAGGCCUUUCCUGUACGCAGAUUCGGCAGAAAAUUUUCAUUACCCGACGAAAGGUGGCCAUAGGUGAAGAUGCCAAGUCCGCCAACUGCUGGGAACAUGUGCGAAUGGAAGAGAUCGACGCCGGUUGCGAAUGCAUGUGGCCAAGGGAGCACAUAGGGGAUAAGCAUUCCUAUAGGAAUGGAAAAUAAGGUAGACGGUCAAGUGUCCUUCGGAGCAAAUUCCAAUGCGCUGAUCUAACCCUGUUCUUCCUGAAUGUCGUACCUACACAAAAACACAACAAAACUCACGUUUAUAUCUCGUAGUUGAAAAGGGAACCCUCAGAAAACCACCGGGGAGACGAUGUGCGUGAAACGGUUCUGUGUUAUUGCAAUCGGCUGACUCGAGAGCAGCCUCAGCGAAUGGGAACAUCUCUUACCAGAAGCCUGUAGCUCACAUUUAAUGACAAUGCUAGAAAAUGAAAUUCCUUCUCUCUUUUCGUUGACAUAUAGAUGAUUAAUGUAUAAAAUGAGCCCUUAAUGUAUUUAUUGUCCUCGAUCAAAUGCUUCCCAAUAGAUUGAAUGCUAGUUGUAGGUUAUGCUCAAAAGAGUUUUAGUUUUAAGAAUACAUUAUUUAUUUAUUUAAAUACAAACAGAGUAUCUUAAAA